AUGUUUAUUAAUAGAAAUAAAAAAGAUAUUAAAAAUGGUUUAAAAAUUAUUAUAAAUGGUAUAAAAAAUUAUUUUCCAAAUUAUGAAUUAAAACAAGAUUAUAGUAAUGGGGUAUUACCAGAUGAAAGAAUUCCAUGGGGCCCUACGAUUUUAUUAGCAUUUCAACAUGUGUUGGCAAUGUUUGGAAGUACAGUUGUGGGUCCAUUAUUAAUGGGAUUCUCACCAAACACUGCAUUGCUAUUCUCUGGUGUUGGUACUGUUAUAUUUUUUAUAUGUACGGGAGGUAAAGUUCCCUCUUAUUUAGGGUCGUCCUUUGCCUUUAUUGGUGUCGUAAAUUCAGCGACUGGUUUCGUUUAUAUUGCAGGUAGCAAUUCUAGUAACCCGAAUAUCGCACAAGCGUCAGGUGGAAUAUUGUCAUGUGGUUUGGUUUAUUUAGGCAUUUCAUUGAUUGUAAUAUUCGUUGGUACCAAAUGGAUUGAGGUAUUAACACCACCAGUGGUAACGGGUUCGGUGGUAGUUGCAAUUGGGUUCCAUUUAUCAACAUCGGCAAUCCAUCAAGUGGCAACUAGCGCAUUUGAAGCCUGGAUGGCAUUGGUAACGGUAUUAUGUGUUUGUAUGGUAACAUGCUAUGCGCCCGGCCCAUUUAAACGAUUGCCAAUUUUAAUUGGAGGAUUAUCAUCAUACCUAUUAUAUUUCUUAUUUGGGUUAGGUGAAAUCGGACCAGGUAUUGAUUUUAGUGGCGUUGGUAAUUCAAGAUGGAUUGGCUCACCACCAAUUACUGCACCAGUUUUCGAAUCAACUUAUAUUUCAUUAAUUGCACCAAUUGCAAUCAUUCUUGCCGCUGAAAACAUUGGUCACUUAAAAGCAGUUAGUACAAUGACUGGUAAGAAUUUAGAUUAUAUGAUUGGUAGAACAUUUUUAGGUGACUCAAUUGCAUGUAUUUUAGCUGGCUCGUGUGGAAGUAUAGGUACAACAACAUAUGCCGAAAAUAUUGGUGUAAUGAGUAUUACAAAAAUAUUUUCAACACUUUCAUUUUUAAUUGCAGCAUUUAUUGCAAUAAUUUUAGGAUGUUUACCAAUUUUCGGAGCAAUAAUCCAAACUAUUCCACCAGGUAUUUUUGGUGGGUUAUCAAUUGUUUUAUUUGGUAUCACUGGUAUUACAGGUGCUAAACUUUGGGUAGAAGCACAAGUUGAUUUUUCAAAACCAAGAAAUCUUUUAUCAGCUGGUAUUGCAAUUGUUUUAGGUACUGGUAUGAUUGAUGUUGUAGUUCAAUGGGGUAAUUUAAAAAUCGAUGGUAUUGGUUGUGCAACUUUCUCUUCAAUAAUUCUAUAUCAAUUACUUCGUGAUGAUUGGUCAAAAAUUUUUAAAUUAAUUAUUUCAAAAAUUAAAAUUAAAAAUAAUAAUAAUAAUAAAACUAUUCAAAAAGAAACCAAUACUGAAUUUCAGGAAUUGGAUAAUUUAAAUAAUCCCAAUACCACAAUAGAUUUAAUUAAUUCAAAUAAUAAUAAUAAUAAUAAUAAUAAUAAUAAUAAUAAUAAUAAUAAUAAUAAAAAUAAUAAUAAUAAUAAUAACGAAGAUAUCAACAAUAAUAGUAAUACUGCUGAUUUACAUGAUAAUAAUUAUAUUUCCAAUUAG